AUGAUGAAUUUACCUAAAUACGAGAAUAAACCUUUCAAACCACCAAGAAAGUUGACAUUAACUGGCAAUGCAAAGACAUCAACAGUAAAAAGAUCAAUCAGUAGAACUCAAAUUACUGCGUCCCCAUUGACUAAGAGGACCAAAACUUGUGCUACCCUAACAGAGACUCCCUCUGCUCUCCCAAACCAAUCAGACAAUAAUAAACUGUUCACCAUCAUGUAUAGAAAACCAUCGAUGAAAAAACAUAAAACAUGGGAUAAGGAUGGUUAUGCAGAGUUGAAACAAUCUGGUAUACUGAUUUUCUAUAAUGAAUCAGGUGCUAGAAUUGGGAGGGUUAGUAAAAUAGAGCCUCUUCUGGAAACGAUACAUAAGGCAGGAUCAUGGGAGGUUCAAUUAGAUUAUGAGUUGACUGACACAAAGGAAAUUACGAAAAUACGUACUUUAUUAAAGAAUAAUUUCGAAUCUGCUUCGAUUACCCCCCCUUCUACAGCGAGCUCAACAGCAUCUAAUGUGUUACCUUCCACAUCGAAGGCGCAAAUCCCAAUAACACAACUAUUUACGGUCCAAACUGUAAAGAAAUUUAAGACAGUUCUUCCUAAACCAAAUGAACAUACAUCGUUAUCAACCACAGUAAAUCAGGAUACCAAUUCGACGAGGAGAAACUAUUUACCUGUGUUCGUUCAAACAAAAAUCAAGAAUCCACUCGUAAUGAAUAAAUCAAUCGACGCAGAUGUGGACGUCAUUGUAGAUCCAUUAAUAAGUAAAUUUUUACGGAAACAUCAAAGGGAAGGUGUAAAAUUUAUAUAUGAUUGUAUCAAUGGGUUAUCCCAAGUAGAAGCCUCUACCGCUGUGGUUGAUCCGACACAACAAAGUAUGAUUUUAGAAAAGAAUUCCGAUAUCAAUGGUUGUCUAUUAGCUGAUGAAAUGGGACUAGGUAAAACGUUGAUGACGAUAGCUGUAAUAUGGACAUUAUAUAAACAGACGCCACUUGUUAAAAAUAUCCCAUGUUCACAAUCCGGAGUUCCAUUGAGUGGUCUCUGUAAGAAAUUCUUGAUCAUCUGUCCAGUUACUUUGAUUGGAAAUUGGAAAAGAGAAUUUAAAAAAUGGCUGAAUUUAAAUCGAAUUGGUAUUCUUACCUUAAACUCAAAUAACACUCCAGAGAUGGAUAGAAAUGCCGUAAAAAACUUUCUUAAAGUUCAAAGAACUUACCAAGUACUUAUUAUGGGCUAUGAAAAAGUACUUAGUGUUUCAGCGGAAUUAACCAAUCAAAAAAAUCUCAUUGACAUGUUGGUUUGUGAUGAGGGGCAUCGAUUAAAGAGUGGAACAUCAAAAGUACUUCAAGUGCUAAAGAACCUAGAUGUGAAACGCAAAAUCCUACUUUCUGGGACACCAAUUCAAAAUGAUCUUAAUGAAUUUUAUACAAUAAUUGACUUUAUAAACCCGGGCAUAUUAGGAAGCUUUCCUUACUUCAAGAAAAGGUACAUGGUACCAAUAACAAGGGCAAGAGAUACUUCAAAUAGAUACAACGAGGAAAUUUUAGAACUCGGAGAAGAAAGGUCGAGGGAAAUGAUCGAGAUAACAAAGCAGUUCACCCUACGAAGGACAAAUUCUAUCUUAACAGAGUAUCUUCCACCCAGGACAGAUAUUAUAUUAUUCUGCAAACCGACGGAAACUCAAUUGCAAGCUUUUGACAAUGCAAUACGGGGUGCGAAACUAGAUUUCAAUACUGCGUCAUUCAACUCUACUCUAGGAUUAAUAACUCUUCUCAAAAAAAUAUGCAAUUCACCUUCCUUGAUAAAGAAUGAUAGUUACUUCACAUCAAAAAUAGACCAUUCUCAGUAUCAACGAGCAAAUUUUAAUGUUUUAAACUCUGGAAAGCUAAUGGUAUUAAUGUCAUUAUUGAAGCAUCUUAGAACUAAUUGUCCCGAAGAGAAAAUUGUUAUUGUAUCCAACUAUACGCAAACAUUAGACAUCAUUGAAAAUUUACUUCUGUCAGAGCAAAUGAUAUUUUGUAGAUUAGAUGGGUCAACUUUACCGAAACAACGAGACUCAAUCGUUAUGUCUUUCAAUAGGAAUCCGUCCACUUUUGCAUUUCUCCUAAGUGCGAAAUCUGGUGGAGUAGGUCUAAAUUUAGUUGGCGCAUCCAGAUUAGUUCUUUUCGAUAAUGAUUGGAACCCAUCUAUUGAUUUACAAGCAAUGUCUAGGAUUCACAGAGAUGGACAAAAGAGGCCAUGCUAUAUUUAUAGACUUAUCACUACCGGGUGCAUCGAUGAAAAAAUCCUACAGAGACAGUUAAUGAAGCAUAACCUUAGCCAAAAGUUCCUUGAUUCCUCGAUUGAGAAUACCAAUGUUAACGACGAUUUAUUUGAUAAACAGGAUUUAAGAGAUUUAUUUUCAAUUAACCAUCACACAAAAAGUAAUACGCAUGAUUUAAUAUGUACUUGUGACGGGCUGGGAGAUGAGAUACAAUAUGAUACUGAAGCACCGGACUCCGUUCCUCCUAACGGAAAGAAAUGCACCACUUGGAACCAACGCGUUAACAAUUAUCAGAGGAGAUCGAAAAAGUGGACAAGCUUACACAAGAAAAAAAGGCAACUUUAA